ACAAACCACUGUUACUUAUCCAGAAAGUAAAGUCAGUCCGAAAAAAAGUAGAGAGGUCAAAAGAAUGGAGAAAAAGAGCAAGGAAAAAGAAGGAGAAAUAAGGCAAAGAGAAGAUGAUAAACAGAAAGACUAUACUUAUGAAUAUGAGCAUCAUCAAGCUCCUAACAUUUCAGAAAUGAAAUCGACGACUACGAAUGCGUAUGGAGGUGGGAUGUACGCCCUCGAAAAGGCAGAUGAGAGACCCUCACAUCCUCCUGCUAGCCAAACUCAAAGUGCUGAUGGCCCGGCCGAGGCAGAGCAUCAGCCAAAGCAUCAGCCUCCUCCUUCCUCUGGAGACCGUGACAUUGAUAUCACUGGCCAAUCUUACAUACAAUAGUUUUCUUUACUAACUUGUAAUCUCGUCCGAUCGCAGCUUACAACUGCAUGCUGUUGGCUGUUUCAACUUUCACGUGUGUCGUUUUGAGUUUUGUAUUGUUUGUUUGAGUUUAAUGGUAGUCGUUGUUUAUGAUGUUUGUUUGAAA